GUCCUUAUCAGUUUAGGAUCACAGUCGUUCUUCAGCGAGAAACGCAAUCUUUAUCGAUGAUUCAAUAUACAACGUUAAAGUUACUCAUACAGUGUUGUUGAAAGUAAUGUCGCCCGUGACUCUGAUUUCUAUACUUUCUGUGGUGCUGGAAACUACAUUAGCUCUGAAAUGCUACAAAGAAAACACGGAAAACUACGCCAGACCUAGAAAUCAAAUCGAAUGCUUGAAAAAUGUAAAAUUUUGUUCCAAAUUAAGUAUUCGCAACAGUGCAGACAAAUGGUUAAAUUAUUAUGGCUGCGAUAACACCCUUUGUAAGGAUAGUGGCUGUCAGAAAGACUCUAAAGGUACUGUCACGUGCUGCUGCAACAAGGACCUAUGCAACGAAGGAUCCAAGACACCAUUGUUCUCAUUAGUUUUGAUGUGUAUAUUACUUCUCCUUUUUCGAUGAUAUCCAAAUACGGUGAUAUGUUAUUCUGAUCCAAAUUCAAGAAAAGUGAGAUUGGUUCUAAUCUGUGAACCCCAAUAAUCAAAAAAAAUAAAAGUUC